CCGCAGUCUGCAAGAAAGGAAGCAUCAAGUGUCCAUACAACCAAUAAUUAAAACAUUAAUUAAUUAAUUAUUAGUGAAUCAUGAACACUAUCGUUUAUCUUAUCGCUGUGUUGGCACUUCAUGUGUCCUUUGUCCAUGGUUGGGGAUACCGUGCGUCAGAUCAAAGACGAUGGGCCGUUCUUCACCCGGCUUGUGGUGGCCGACAACAAUCUCCUAUAGCCAUCACCGCCCGGCAAGCGAUUCCUAUAUCGAUCCCCGCAAUGGAACUCAUUGGUUACCAGAAUCCCCUUCCAGGGCCACUUACUACCACCAAUAAUGGACAUUCUGUUGCGCUAACAAUCCCCAAAUAUUCAUCUGAAGAGGAGAAGAAAGGCUUCCGUCUUCCCUAUAUCUUCGGCGGUCCUCUUGACAACGAGUAUGAAAUCGAAGGCCUCCACUUCCAUUGGGGAGAUAAGAACAACCGAGGUUCUGAACACACCCUCAACGACAUGCGCCUUCCUCUCGAGAUGCACAUUAUCCACAGAAACAAGAAAUACAGGAGCCUGGCUGAAGCUCUCCAACAUCCCGAUGGCCUUUGUGUACUCGCAUUCUUCUAUCAGGUUGUUGAAUUCGACGCCAAGCUGUUGACCCCCAUCGUGAAGAAUUUGUCUGCCAUUGAAAACUUCAACACCAGCAUGCAGCUUCCCCACACCUUCUCCCUGUCUUCAAUCCUCUCCGGCCUUGACACUGAACGGUUCUACACUUACAAAGGAUCCCUCACCACCCCACCCUGCGCUGAAGCCGUAACAUGGGUUGUUUUCUCUGACUACCUCCCAAUCUCCGUUUUCCAGAUGGACAACUUCCGUGGUCUCCUGUCCAACCAAAACCUGCCUCUUGUUGAUAACUUCAGACAGCUCCAACCAUUGUUUGGCCGUCGUAUCUUUGUUCGCAUCACCUCCAAAAACCCCAAAUUCAAGAAAACCAAGCUCCACUACUCCAAGUGGGACUGGGUUGGCCACAAGAAAGCCGAAAAUGAUGUUGCUGAAUUUGACGACUAAAUUGCACCCCUCCCACCUAUAAACUCACCAAUCACUGCUAUUCUGUCUUUACGGGUCAUUGUAUACAUUAUUUAACUGUGAUUAAUAAGGUUGUGUGAAAAUCAUAUUGUAUAUUUGUGCUAAGUUAUUAUGUGUAAAUAAAUAUAUAAAUACAG